AUGACUUUCCACCCCGACACACUCCCCGAUGUUGAGGGCACAUCAUUUAUCGUCACAGGAGGGAACUCCGGCAUAGGAUACUACACCGUAGCUUACCUAGCACAACACGGCGCCCACGUGUACCUGUGCGCCCCAUCCGCAGAGAAGGGAGCAGCAGCCAUCGCCACCAUCAAGCAGCUGCACCCCUCGGCCAACAUCGACAUCUUGCAAAUGGACCUCAUGGACCUCAGCAGCGUCGUCGCGGCCGCCAGGAGAUUCCUAACCCUCGAAACGACCCUGCACGGACUGGUCAACAACGCAGGCAUCAUGGCGACGCCCUUUGAAAUGACCAAAGAUGGCCACGAGGCCCAGUGGCAGACCAACUACCUCGCGCACUGGGUUUUGACGGACCACCUGCUUCCUGUGAUGCUGCGGACCGCCAAGACGCUGCCUCCAGGCAGCGUGCGCAUCGCCAACCUCACUUCGUCGGGCCACUUGGGCGCACCCACGGGCGGCAUCAAUUUCGAGGACCCUUCGCUCAAGGACGGGGACCCGUGGCUGCGGUACGGACAGAGCAAGCUUGCCAACAUUCUGCAUACCAAGACCCUGCAUACGACGUACGGCCCCGGUUCUGUUAGGGCACGGAACCGAGAGGGCGAGAUCUGGGUUUCGUCCGUUCACCCAGGCGUCGUUGAGACGAAACUCGCCUCGUCGAUGGAAGCCACUGGGUCGGGCAUGAUGCGCAUUCUCUCAGUCCUACGCAUGUUUGGACUAACUUGGUCGGCCGACAAGGGUUCGUGGAACAGUUUGUACUGUGCGGCGAGUCGUGAUAUGAAGGCGGAGCAAAGCGGUUCAUACAUGGACGUUUUUCGGAGAUUUGGCGAGCCAUGGUGA